AUGGACGGCGACCGGAUCCGGCCGAUGGAGGAUGGGGAGGAGCGGCCACUGAAGGUGGUGUUCGCUUCCCCGGCGGAGCACUUCACGGACGCGGCGCCGAUCGGGAACGGCAGCCUCGGCGCCAUGGUCUGGGGCGGCAUCGCCUCCGAGAAGCUCCAACUCAACCGAAGGCAGGCCAGCAAGGCUAGGAACCAUAAUGUCCCUUCUAAUGUUCUUGCAGUUGAUACUCUGUGGACCGGUGUGCCGGGAAAUUAUACCGACCCGAAAGCACCGGCUGCCCUCGCUGCGGUCAGGAAGUUCGUUGAUGACAGACGGUUUGUUGAUGCCACCAGCGCAGCGUCAGGCCUUUACGGUGGCCCGACAGAGGUCUACCAACCUCUUGGGGAUAUGAAUCUGGAGUUUGGCACAUCCAGUCAGGGGUAUAGUUCCUACAAACGAGAGCUUGAUUUACAUACCGCGACCACGCUCAUCACGUUCAACAUUGGAGAAGUGCAGUACACUAGGGAGCACUUCUGCUCAAAUCCACACCAGGUCAUUGUCACCAGGAUUUCCGCAAACAAAUCAGGACAUGUGUCCUUCACUUUAUCAUUAAAUAGUAAAUUAAACCACAGAGUUCGUGCAACGAAUGCAAAUGAGAUUAUCAUGGAAGGCACCUGUCCAGUACAAAGACACGUUCUGCAGCAACAUGAAGCCAAUGAUGCUACUGGUAUCGGGUUUGCAGCUGUUCUUAGCCUGCAGAUGGGCGGUGCUGCUGCAAAAUCUGUAGUUUUGAAUGAUCAAAAUUUGAGAAUUGACAAUGCAGAUUGGGUACUUUUGCUUGUUACAGCUGCUUCCUCGUUCAAUGGGCCUCUUGUGAAUCCUUCAGACUCAAAAUUAGAUCCUGAAUCAACAGCUCUGAGGACCUUGAAUAUGAGCAGGAAUGUCACAUUUGAUCAGCUCAAAGCUGCUCAUUUGAAAAACUAUCAGGGUCUUUUUCACCGUGUUAGUUUGCGACUAUCACAAGCACCAGCUAUUGAAAAAACAAGCUUGAAAGAAGCUGAUGAAGCCAUCAAGACUACAGCAGAAAGAGUGAACAGUUUUAGAAGUAACGAAGAUCCUUCUUUGGUUGAACUUCUAUUCCAAUAUGGUCGAUAUCUUCUCAUUUCGUGCUCUCGACCUGGAACACAGGUAUCUAAUCUGCAAGGAAUUUGGAAUCAAGAUCUUGCACCUGCUUGGCAGUCUGCUCCUCACCUCAACAUAAAUCUACAGAUGAAUUACUGGCCAACGCUUCCUUGCAACCUUAGUGAAUGCCAAGAACCACUAAUUGAGUUCAUAGCAUCUCUUGCAGUUAACGGAGCUAAGACUGCAAAAAUCAAUUACCAAGCAAGUGACUGGGUAAGUCACCACGUCUCAGACAUAUGGGCAAAAUCAUCAGCGUUCAAUGAAGAUACUAAGUACGCAGUGUGGCCAAUGGGGGGAGCCUGGCUUUGUACACAUCUUUGGGAACACUACAAGUAUCUGCUGGACAAAGAUUUUUUGAAGAACACUGCAUAUCCGUUGUUGGAAGGAUGCGCCUUGUUUCUGGUUGAUUGGUUGACUGCGGGACCUCGAGGUCUUUUGGAAACAAACCCCUCUACCUCUCCAGAACAUGCUUUCAUUGCUCCUGGUACUGGUGGUCAGCAAGCUAGUGUAAGCUAUUCAACUACAAUGGAUAUCUCAAUCAUCCGAGAGAUAUUCAUGGCAGUUGUUUCUUCUGCAGAGGUCUUAGGAAAAUCUGAUACUGCUCUGGUCCAGGAGAUCAAUAAAGUGCUUCCAAGGCUCCCUCCGAUUACAAUUGCGAAGGAUAAAACAAUCAUGGAGUGGGCACAAGAUUUUGAGGACCCUGAAGUUCAUCAUAGGCACCUGUCUCAUCUCUUUGGUCUUUAUCCUGGUCAUACUAUAACCAUGCAGACAAAUCCUGAGAUUUGUGAAGCUAUUGGUAACAGUCUUCGCAAACGAGGAGAAGAUGGUCCUGGAUGGUCAAGUACGUGGAAGAUGGCUUUGUGGGCACGCCUUUUUAACAGCGAAAAUGCAUACAGAAUGAUUCUAAAGUUGAUCACGUUGGUUCCUCCUGGUGAUGAUGUUCAGUUUGAAGGAGGACUGUACACCAAUUUGUGGACAGCACACCCGCCAUUCCAGAUUGAUGCAAACUUUGGAUUCACAGCUGCAAUGUCUGAAAUGUUGCUUCAGAGCACUCUCACUGAGCUAUAUCUGCUGCCCGCCCUCCCACGUGAAAAGUGGCCUGAAGGUUGUGUAAAAGGUUUGAGGGCCCGGGGGGACAUCACUGUCAACAUCUGCUGGGGGAAAGGGGAGCUCCAGGAAGCAGUGGUGUGGUCUAAGAACAGAAACAAUUCAGUUUUACUGCUGCACUAUGGCGAGCAAGUUGCCGUGGUCACUGUGGCAGCUGGUAAUGUUUACAAGUUCAAUGCGAGUUUACAUUGCGUAGAGACAUGGACCCUUGACAAAUGUGCAUUUUAGAGUGUUGGCUUGGUCAAUUUGGUAUAUAUGAGUUUGCGCGUUGAUAAUAAUUUAGUGUUUGAGGGUCAAUAGUAAU